GGACUCUUAAGAGUAAUCCCAUCAUAAAUCCAUUGUGAAACAGUCUGUUCUCCAUCAAUAUUUUUAGGUAAAUUUCCGUUGAGGUAAUGUUUACUCUGAAUUGGAUUCGCUGAAUUUUCAUGAAUUGGAAGAGAUGCCUGACAGCGAAGAUUUUUGGAAUCAUCCCUAUUACAAAAUGGUGAGAAGGGUGACGAGUUUUAUGGGCCAAUGGCCCUAUCAAUCCACGGGAGUACACAUCGCAACUGCCAUUGUGACGUUUUCUAUUAUCGGCAUGAUGCUGACAAUACAGAUAUCAGCUCUUUGGAUAAAUCGCGACGAUUUCGAGGUGGUUCUAGACUGCACUGCUCCCUUCAUCAUAGAUGUAGCGCUGCUGACAAAAUACGUGAAUAAUUGUUGCCAUUAUAAGACGAUGGUUUACCUCUUGGAACAAAUCAAAUGUAAUUGGAAUAUUCUCCCGAAAAAUAAUGGACUUCAUAUGCUUCAUGAUUACAGUGCUUUCGGGAGGAAAUUCGCGAGGAUAUAUAUGACGGCGAUAUGGUUGAGUGUUGUAAGUUACGUAACUGAACCGUUACAGGAGAGAUUGACCGUUUAUCUUCUAUACCCCAACGUCACAUUAGCAAAGAGAUUUUCCAUGCCGAUGGAAUUCGGCCCUGUCGAUGUGGACACUUGGUAUUAUUAUCUCUGGUGUGCAACUUCAUUUGGCAUAUUGACGCGUUUGACAGUCAUUGGUUCAUGUGAUCUAUUAAUGUUCACUUUUGCUGAGCAUGCAAAUGGAUUACUCAAGGGAUUGGGAUAUGUAAUUGAACAUCUGCCUCCGCACGACGAUUUUGCAGGUAAUGACGAAAGUUUUGAGUACAUGAGACGCUGUGCGAUGAUCCAUAGCCGUGCAAUAGAGUUUGCAGAGCAUGUCAGAGACAUUUACCUCUGGUCUUUCUUCGGAAUCAUUGGGCUUAAUAUGAUCUUAAUGAGCAUCACUGGUGUGCAGAUAGUGAACAAUAUGGAUGAUUCGAAAAAACUGGUGAAGUUCGCUGUCAACAUGAUAACUCAGAUGAUGCAUCUCUUUGUCGAAUGCUUCAUUGCCCAACGAGUGAUGGACGCCAGUUUCGACUUGAAGGAGACUAUAACAAACGCAAAGUGGUAUGACGCUUCGAUAAAGACCCAGAAAUUGAUCCCUCUGAUGCUCUUGAGAGCUCAAAACCCGGUGGUUCUGACUGCUGGAAAGGUGAUUGUUAUGGGCAUGGAUACCUAUGCUGUGGUGCUGAAAACAGCGGCAUCUUAUUUCACAGUUUUCUUGGCUAUGCAAUAG